GAAAUGCUUAAUGUUUGAAUUAACUUAAAAUUGUACUUUCGUUUUUGUAAAGGGAAAGGGAUCAUGAGACUGAGAGAGUGUUUCAGAAGACCUGCAUUGCAGAUUGCUGCAAUUAUUUAGACAGAUGAAACAUCACAGAAUUUAAGGACUAUAUACUGCAACGUAAUCAAUGAUUUAAAAUGGCUGUCAAUCAGACUUGCAAUACCAACAGAACAAAUGCUGAGAGAAUUGAAGUGGAGCUUUUAAAGUUUUUAGAAGACCAUAUUUAUACAGGAUCAGAUUCUCUGCAGAAAAUAAUGUUGUAUCUAAAGCAGCAUGUCCGGUCCAAUGUACAAUCUGUCACAGAAGUAUUCGAUGCACUCAAAGCUAAAGGAGUGAUAUCGUUAGGAAAUUAUAAAAUUCUGAGUGAUGGUAUCUUGGAUGUAAGGAUAACCCAGGGGAUUAAGGAUUUUGAGAAGAGGAUCCAUGCUGAAUUAAGGAGUGGGUGUGACGAGUCCAACCAGCAGUCUACCUCUUAUGAUUCUGCAGCAAACUCCCAAACCCCUGAUUAUGACAUAGACAUGCUGUUUGACUACUUAUCCAAAAAACUUUCCCCACCUAGUAUGCUGAUUUUCUCAACCGAACUUCUGGGUGAAACACAAAUGGCGGAAACCCCACAUGCUCUCAGAAAUCCUUCAGAUGCCUACUUUAAGAUGAUGCACACGUGGCGCUGUAGGCAACCUAACAUUGACCACAAAGCAAAACUCGGAGAGAUCUUCUCCUCGAUGGAGAGACAGGAUUUAGUGGAGGAAAUGGAAAAUUUUCCCGUAAAGGACUUUCAAUAUGCUGAGACAGUGAUUGAGCCAACAAAGCGUUUUGAUGAUUCUGAUAUUUCAAUCGUGGCUAGUAAUCUGGCUACAGGGUAUUACCACGUUGUGCGCUUUCUUGGUGUGAAGCAGCGUAAGAUAGAACAAAUCGAGGCAGAUUAUCCUGCAAUUAGGGAACAGAUAUAUCAGACUCUGUUGAUGAUUAAAAGGGCCAAACCAUCACUAACCAGACAGGAUCUCUGCAAUGCUUUAUAUUAUGCAGACCAUCAAGAUGUGAUUGUUAGUCUUAACUCUAAGUGGAGUAAUUCCAGUUGAUGUAUACAAAUAUAGAAUUAAUACAUUUCA